AAUCAUCAGUAUAGCAGUGGUGUCUGCACAGGGCAGAUAUGAGAAUACCAACUUGAAGCAAGACUGGUGGGAGACUGCUGUGUUCUACCAGAUCUAUCCCAGAUCCUUUAUGGAUAGCGACGGUGAUGGCGUGGGGGAUAUUAAUGGAAUAACAUCAAGGCUAGAAUAUUUGAAGGAAUUAGGCGUGGACGCAACAUGGCUCUCGCCGAUUUUCAAGUCUCCGAUGCACGAUUUUGGUUACGACGUCUCUGAUUAUUAUUCUAUCCAACCCGAAUAUGGAUCAAUGGAAGACUUCGAACAACUUCUAAGAAAAGCUGGGGAACUAAAUAUUAAGAUAAUUUUAGACUUCGUGCCGAACCACUCUAGUAAUGAGAGUGACUGGUUCAUUAAAUCUUCGAACAAAGAUGAGUACUAUAGUGACUGGUAUGUUUGGGAGAAUGGACAUCUGGAUGAUCGUGGUCAAAGAAGCCCACCCAAUAACUGGGUCAGUGUAUUCAGAAAAUCCGCCUGGACGUACAUGCCAACCCGCGAUCAGUAUUACCUACAUCAAUUCGGUACCAGCCAGCCUGACUUUAAUUACAGAAACCCUGUCGUUGUUGAGGAGAUGAAGAACGUCAUAAAAUUCUGGCUAGAAAAGGGAGUGGCUGGUAUGAGAAUCAAUUCCAUAAACCACCUUUUCGAAGUUGAUAAAGAUGUGUUUGGUGGAAGGUAUCCUAACGAACCCCUGACUGGUAAACCUGGGCUAGGUCCUGAAGACUACGGAUAUCUUGAUCAUGUUUAUACUAAAGAUCAGGACGAAACUUAUGAUAUGGUGUCUCAGCUACGAGAUGUAUUUGACGCUAUCAGCAUCAGGGAUAAUGUGACGAGGGUAAUGAUGACUGAAGCUAGUACGACCAUCAAAAAUGCAGUAAAGUAUUACGGCGAAGGCAUUCACCGUGGUGCUCAUAUACCAUUCAAUUUUGCUCUCAUCGCUGACCUGGACAAAGAUUCGGACGCUAGAGACAUUAAGUUUGCGGUAGACAGAUGGCUUACGUACAAGCCUUUGAAGAAACAGGCUAACUGGGUUACUGGAAAUCACGAUAAGAGCAGAGUCGCGUCCCGUUUUAGACCAGAACUGGUUGAUGCUUUCAAUAUGCUUGUCCUGUUACUCCCUGGGAUUGCUAUCACUUAUAUGGGCGAAGAAAUAGGAAUGGUAAAUGGAUUCGUUCCGUGGAGCGAAACGAAGGACCCUCAAGCCUGCAAUACGGACGACCCUGUUAAUUUCAUCGAUGUGUCCCGCGACCCCGUCAGGACACCCUUCCAGUGGAGCAAUGGAAAGAACGCAGGGUUCUCAAGUGCGGAGGUUACCUGGUUGCCUGUAGCUGAAGGGUAUGAGCACCUGAAUGUGGCUGCUCAGAGAUCGGCAGUUCGUUCUCACUACCAAGUGUACCGAACUCUAACGAAUUUGCGACUCCGACCGGCUUUUCGACUUGGACGAUACGAGUCUUUGGCUCUCCAUAGGGAUGUUUUUGCUUUUAAAAGGUGGUAUAACGACGACACCUACGUGGUAGUGAUGAAUGUAGGCAGAGUCUACCACGUGGUCAAUCUCACUGCUUUCGACCUGAUCUUUGGCCAGCUGGAGGUUGAAGCCAGCAGUGUUUUGUCUUCCAGAACUUACAGUGACAGUGUUCAAGCAAACUAUUUGGAUUUGGCGGCUGAUGAAGCUCUCGUACUGCGAAUGCAAGUUUGAAAAAGGGUGUGAAGAUUAGUGUUAAAUAGUUAUGAGAAAUUAAAUGUACCUACCGGGUAGUAAAUUAUAAUUAGUAACUGUUUU